AUGACAAACGUCAAUGAAGCUGCGGGCCAUUCGCUCCUUGCUAGUGAAGAUUGUUAUUUCAUGCAGAUAAUUGAUAACAUUGAAUUAGAAAAAUGUGGAGGAGAUACGUAUUUAGAUUCACAAAUAUUCAGUAUUGAAUCUAAUGAAAAAUUUUAUUUACGAUUGAUGGGCCCAAGUGGAACUAAGGGAUUUAAUAGAAAAUUAUAUUUAUGCAGCCAAAAUAUUGUGAAUGAGUUCGUUUGUCGAUGCACUAUAUCAAUUGACGUGGACGGAGAAGAUGUUAUGCCGAAUAAUAUUUGUAAUACGUUUAAAGUAAAUAAAGGAACAGACACAAGUACUUUUUUACUUGGAAUUCCUUACUACUUUGGAUCCAUUAAAACUACUACAAUUCGAUGUGAACUAGAAUUAUCAAGGGCGAUCGAAACAUCAUGUCGAGACUCUGACUUGACCACCAAUAGCAGUGAAAAUUUGCCACUGGUACUAAAGUUCGACUGGAUAUUUCUUAGUGAGUGCAGUGACGUCGUGCUUAGUACUGAUUGUGGGAAAAAAAUACCAGCGCAUAGGACUGUGCUCGCUGCAGCAAGUCCAGUGUUCAAAACCAUGCUGAGUAAUGAUCCGUUAAAAAACAAAAACCAAUCGAUAAAUCUGACUGAAGUUAGUUAUGAUGUAGCAUUUGAGAUUUGGCGAUACAUUUACACCGGUAAUAUUAAAAAUAACGACUUUUCCUUGGCUUCUGAUGUUUUGGCGGCUGCUGACAAAUAUCAACUUGAAGAAUUGAUAAAUAAGUGCGGAGAAGUAUUGAGGUCUAAACUAUCCUCUGAAAAUGUUAUUCAGACUCUUGCGAUAGCUGAUAAAUACAGUUUGAACCUUUUGAAAAAAGAAGCAGUUGAAUUUGUUAAAGGAAGUGAAAAAGGAUCACUGGAUUUUGACGAAAUAAGUAAUAUGCUUCUCAGUUUAUAUGUUUCUCAUGAGUAA